AUGGACCAAGUUAGGCAGUACACUUCAAAAGCAGAAGAUAUUCUUGGCACAAUCUCUAGUCCUUUGAAACCCUAUAUUCCUGCAAUCGCUCGCUUUCUCAUUGUGGUAACGUUUUUAGAAGACGCGCUGAGGAUAUUAUUUCAAUGGGGAGAUCAAUUGUAUUAUCUUGAAAGAAUCAGAGGAAUUCCAUGGGGAGUUUCACAUUUAUUCUUGGCAGCUAAUAUUAUUUUAAUGUUUGCGGGAUCUUUCUUAGUUGUCAUAAGAAGAUAUCCAGAAUAUGCAGUUGGAAGUCUUUUUGCAGUUGUAGUUUCCCAAUCUAUCGGAUAUGGUCUUUGGAACGAAGUCAAUUUCUUAUUAAGAAGUCUUUCUGUAAUUGGCGGCUUGUUAAUGGUUCUUUCCGAUGCGUUCUCCAGAAAGAAGUCAUUCUUUGCUGAUUUACCACAAUUAUCUGAACGUGAUCGUAAAACAUAUUUUCAGCUUGCCGGUCGAGUAUUAUUGAUCUUUUUAUUCGUAGGAUUUAUUUUUCAUGGCGAAUGGUCGGUUACUCGAGCACUUAUUUCUUUAAUUGGGUUCGCAGCUUGUAUAAUGGUGGUAGUUGGCUUUAAAGCCAAGUGGUCGGCCACAUUCUUAGUUCUUUUCCUUUCAAUCUUCAAUUUACUUAUUAAUAAUUUCUGGUCUGUUCAUCAUGCGAACCCACAACGUGACUUUUUGCAAUACGAUUUCUUCCAAACUCUUAGUAUUAUGGGUGGAUUACUGUUAUUAGUAAAUAUGGGACCUGGUGGAAUUUCUAUUGAUGAGAAAAAGAAGGCCUUUUAA